AGUGUCGCAUUCGACCACAUACACUCUCUGCGCAUGUGCAGAGGCUGGGGGCCGCCCCAGCCGCCGCCGCCGCCGCCCCCGCCGCAGCUCUAUGGUGGCUCCCUAGAGCUUUGCCGUUGGGGGCAGCUGUUGCGGCCCUGCGACUCAGCCCCCCUCGUGCGGCAGCGAUAUGGAGGAAUUCGACUCCGAAGACUUCUCCACCUCGGAGGAGGACGAGGACUACGUGCCGUCGGGUGGAGAGUAUAGUGAAGAUGAUGUAAGUGAACUAGUGAAGGAAGAUGAAGUGGAUGGUGACGAGCAGACACAGAAAACCAAAGGGAAAAAAAGAAAGGCUCAGAGCAUUCCGGCCAGGAAGAGAAAACAAGGUGGCCUCUCAUUUGAAGAAGAGGAAGAGGAAAAUGCCAACGAGGAAUCUGGAGGAAGUAGCAGUGAGGAGGAAGAUUCAGCUGCAGAGCAGGAAAAAGGCAUUGGGUCAGAGGAUGCAAGGAAAAAGAAGGAGGAUGAGCUGUGGGCUAGUUUCCUCAACGAUGUAGGACCAAAAUCCAAAGUGCCUCCAAGUACACAUGUUAAAAAAGGAGAGGAGACUGAAGAGACAAGUUCAAGUAAGUUGUUGGUCAAAGCAGAAGAUCUGGAGAAACCUAAAGAAACAGAAAAAGUUAAAAUUACCAAGGUGUUUGAUUUUGCCGGUGAAGAAGUCAGGGUGACUAAGGAAGUGGAUGCUACAUCUAAAGAAGCCAAAUCCUUCUUCAAGCAAAAUGAGAAAGAAAAACCACAGGCUAAUGUCCCUUCAGCUCUGCCAUCACUUGCUGCCGGCUCAGGGUUAAAAAGAUCAGGUGGCAUGAGCAGCCUUUUGGGGAAAAUUGGAGCCAAGAAGCAGAAGAUGAGCACCUUGGAGAAGUCCAAGCUGGACUGGGAGAGCUUCAAGGAGGAAGAGGGCAUUGGUGAAGAACUAGCCAUCCACAAUCGAGGGAAGGAGGGGUACAUUGAACGGAAAGCUUUUCUAGACCGAGUGGAUCACAGGCAGUUUGAAAUCGAGCGAGAUCUCAGGCUGAGCAAAAUGAAACCCUGAUGUGUGGGGAACCUACAGCAGCUUAAUCCUGUUUACACCGUGAGCUUCUUGUGUCUGUGAAAUGUUUCACCUGUGUCUCAUCGACUGUUUCCCCGCAAGGUCUUUUUUUCUAUAUGAAAUUUCUGUCUUUGUAUCUUGAUCUCACAUGGUUUCAUUCAUUCUACCUUUAAUAGUUUGUCCUUGGAAAAAUAAAAAUAAAAAAAUAGAAGUCGGUCCUGUGAGAGGCUGGAGAAGAUGACCCCACAUGCCUUCCCUUUGUUCUGCUACCAAGUCCACCAGGCCAAGUACCUCUGGGCCUGUCGCAGCCACCAAGGUGGAGAGAGCGACCAGCCUACGCAUGAACUCCAGGGGCCGUGGGCUCUCCGCAGAGGCUCGACAGUGGUGGUGGAGCACCAGGCCCUGGGCAGCUCUCUUCUCAGUUCCUCUCAUGCUUCUCUUCUGAUCCCUUUCGCUCUCCUGAAUGGGAUUACUAUUUAUUGGUAGAAUACGAAGCUGAAAAUAAGGAUACAGUAUUGCUGAAUUAGGGAUUUUUUUUUUUCCUUCAGCCGUUUUCCUCUUCUCAAAGUCAAAGUCAAGUUCAUAUGUGCCCUCACCUCAAUAAUUCUUUAAUUUUUGGUUUGACAAAGAAGAUUCCAAAGGACUUUUUUUUUUUUUAGCUCCUUGGGAAAGUUUAAAUUCUAAAUGUCAUACUAAUAAAGCAGUAAACCCCACAGCCUGCUGCUGAAGGCAGGCAGUGGGGAUGUCCCGAGUAACAUGGACGGGUUCGGGGAGAAGUGGGAUUCCAAAGCCUGGACUUCAGAUCCUGCCUAAACAUCUACCGGCUGUGUGACCAUGACUACGGCUCGGCUUUCUGAACCUCCAUUUUCUGGUCUGUAAAUGACCUGAGUAACACCCACACCUCAUAGGGUUGAGAUGAGCUAAGGUCACACCUGCAGCAUAGAAGCACACGUCUCCCCUGCCAGUCCUCUCAUGUGUGCGCGGAAGCUCACGCAGCCAAGACCUGAUUGUCAGGCCCGCGUGGUCAUGAGGUUAAGGCUCUCAUUACUCACUGAGGCCAGCCCGGGCAGUGGGGCUGUGUGCAUCUUUGAUCAAGGAUCACCCUUUGCCAUUAGAGUCUUCCCUGAACCAUAGCCCACAGUCUUUAAGAACAGGUGGAUAAUGUUUUAUCUAGCUCUUCACAUCCACACUUCGUGAAAACUGGUCCGCCUACUCCCAAGGGAAGGGACAUCCCUUUGUUCAGGGAUUCCAGGAGCUGAGAGCUGCGAAGGAAAGUGUUUGUGGGAAGCGGGCGGUGGGCAGCCCGAGUCCACCCUGAGAGGCAGCUUGGUAGCCCUUUGCUGGGCACCUUGCGCCUCCCUUGCUGUGGUGAGGAUGACCAAGGAGGACAGCCAGGGACGCUUCCUGCCUGGUCUUCGGCGUCCAGAGAGUCCCUGGGAGGAGUUUCCUGGCCUUGCUCUUGCCGUUGGUCUUUGUCUUCUCAUCCCAGACACACGCAUUAGAUUUCCAGGGUACCUGUUACCUUCCCAUUACUGAAAAAACUGUCCUAAAACAGCAUAAGGUCAAAGAAUAAAGCAGGCCUCUUUAUGUAUCUGGCUCACCUAUUUCCCAAGGAUCGCAGUGCCCUAAUUAGGAGAUAUGCAUAAGGUCUCUGGGGGAGAAGGGCCGAAUUAAGAACUAAAUCUUAAGUGAGCUGUACACUGUCGGAGCUUAGGAGGAAGACCUGGACUGAGAGUCCAGAGCCCACAGCAGGCCAGCUGGGGUUGGCACCACAGAAGGACACAGAAAACCUCCCUAGAAAGGAGCAGCGAGACGGUCCUGCCUGGUACCCAGGUGGGGACCAGGAGGGCCACGUGACAGGGCUCUAGGUGCUGUGCUGCCUCUUCACCUCAGCAGAACAGGGGAGGUGUGGGUGGCCAGGUGGAUUACCAGGCUCUGGAGAGGGUAAUCUUCUGACAUUCAGUAUCAGUCUCUAGCCGGAACUCAUUUGUGGGGGGAGAGGGUUCUUUUUUUAGGGCCACACCCAUGGCAGAUGGAAGUUUCCAGGCUGGGGGUCAAAUCAGAGCUGCAACUGCUGUCCUACACCACAGCCAUGCCAGCUCCUUAAGCGAGGCCAGGGCUCUAACCUCCAUCCUUGUGGAUACUAGUCAGGUUCAUUACCACUGAGCCACAAUGGGAGCUCCCCAGAACUGGAAUUGCUCAGGCAUGUUGGGUAAGAAUCCGUGACUUUUUCCUUUUUUUUUUUUUUUUUUUUUUUAGGGCCAUACUCGUGGCAUAUGGAGGUUCCCAGGUUAGGGGUCCAGUUGGAGCUGCAACUGCUAGCCUACACCACAGCCACAGCAACAUCAGGUCCAAGUUUCAUCUGCAACCUACACCACAGCUCACGGCAAUACCGGAUCUUUAACCCACUGAGCGAGGCCAGGAAUCGAACCCUCAACCUCAUGGUUCCUAGUCGGAUUUGUUUCUGCUUCACCACAAUGGGAACUCCUUUUUUUUUUUUUUGUAAAUUACCAAAGAAGAAAUGAACAAGUAGGACUUGGUGUAAGAUGGUGGAGUCCUGAGUGAGGAUUCAGAUGCUUUUAGCUUCAUCAACAGAUGAUGGAAGAGUUCCCUGGUAGCCUUGUGGUUAAGGACCCGGUGUUACUGCUGGGGCUCAGGUCACUGCUGUGACUUGGAUUUGAUCCCUGGCCUGAGAACUUCCAUAUACCAUGAGCAGGACCAAAAAAAAAAAAAAGAGAGAUGUUGGCACACCUGGUGCUCCUCACGUGUUAUUUGACCAGAAGAGGAAAACUUACCUGCGGUCAAGGUGCAAAACUGCUAGUGACCACACCUGGUCUUACGCCUGGAGGGCAAGAGGCGGAAGUGGUCCAGGCAAGAUGAGAGAGCCUGUCAUCACCUUGUGGAUCUCAGUUCCACGUUGGAGGAUUGACGUUGGAAAGGAGAGACUUGAGUGCAAGGGGACAGAAGAGCCAAAGAUGAAGAGAUGCUUGCGGUCGACAAGACAGCAGCUGGCGGGCUCUGGUGCCAGAACCUUGUGUCAGCAGCCCCUGAAAGACAGGGGCGCACAGGCUUCAGCUUCCAGUCCUGCCUGCGCCCUAGGGCAGCAUAUGAACCACUCUGGGGGAGGGGUAUGCUGCCGCACCCAGAUACCCACCUCAGGCCUCGUGCAAACCACCAGCCUGCGGGGAGGUGUCACUCAGGCAUGAGCCCCGCCCCAGAACCAAGUUUCUGCGCUACACACAGGCAGUGUCGCUCUCUCCUCUUUGGGAUGCUGUAUGGUUUCAGGGGAGGUGGGGCAAAUGCCCAGGUGACUGCAUCUGAUAUCUCACAUGCCAUCUCCCUUCAUCUCCUUCCCUGGGCUUAGAGCUAUGCCAAGGGUUCCUGCUUCAGGCUGUCCUGCAAAGUCUCUUCUCUUUUUUUUUCUGCAGCUUUUCUUCUGUGCUUUCCUAAGGCACCUUGAACCCAACAGUACUGUGAGAUGCAGUCUUUGUGCACAGGCAAGUUGACCCCAGCAAGGAAAGUGGGCUGUGCAAGUCCAGAGAGUCCACCCAGGUUCCCUGCAGCCUGGGGUGGCCUAGUCCACAGAGACCCCCCUUCCAGGGCUCCUCUCCAGGGUGUGCCAGUGCUCUCAGAAAGCUGAUGGGGUGGACUGACCUCUGCUGAACUACGGUACAAGGCGGCCGUGUUGGGCAGUGAAGGGCAGAAACUAACAUAACUUGAGCAUCGGACCAUGGGCUUGGCCUUCUGCCUCUAACCUUAGAUCCUAGCACUGCGAUCCGAGUUAAGCCUGCUUCUCAGAUCCCUUAUCUUCAAAAGGUUUCUGAGAAUGCUUAAUAAUCCUGCUCUGCCUACCUCACAGCGUUUUAUUAAAUGAAAUACACUAUCCAAGUGUUAAGUAAAUUGGGCACUUGGCUCCCAGCUCCCCAAGACAGCCAAGCUUCUGGGAGCAUGAAUUAGCAGCACUUUGAAGAACACUUCGGUGCUGUGCAGUCAGUCUGGAGCUGCCCUUGGCCCCAGGAUGCAGCAGUUCUCCUCUGGGUUGACAUCCUAGAGAAGCACCAGCAUGUACGCAGGAGGCAGGCUUAUUGGUGACAGUAAAAACUGGGAAACCACCCAGUGCCCCCCCCAGGAGCAGGACCCGUUAUGAAAUAGCCACACAGUGGAAUACAGCACAGCGGUGAAACACAUGGACCAGAGCCACAUACAUCAACACAGAUGAACCUCUUAAGCAGCAUUGGUACAAAAACCAAGUUGCAAGACACCUACUGUACAAUCCCGGUUAUGCAAGUUCAGAAGCAUGUGAACAUAGAUGUACUUGAUGGGUGCUCCCCCCCGUUUCUGACAUUGUGAAUGCACUAAAUGCCACUUUAAAAUGGUCAAUUUUAUGUUAUGUGAAUCUCAAUAAAAUUUUUAAAACAUGCGAAA